UUGAUCGAAGUAGUUGUAAAUUGCGCAAAAAGUGUAAUUUGCGUGUAAUACAGAAAAUACAGUAGAAAAACUAAAUAUUUCAUUAAUAUUUCGAUAUUCUUUUCCUAUCGAAAUCAAGAAAUAACGAUGUUUGUAUAAUAAGUGCGUUCAUUAGCAAGGUUAGAUUAACGCAUGGUGCUUACGCGUACAAACAUAUUACAUACAGUACAUACAUACAUAAGUAUAUAAGUGAAUUAUAAAAAAAUUGUAAAACAACCAGCAUAAUGAUUAACGAUUAUAUCGAUAUGGAUACGAAAAGUAUUCGCUAUGUGAGUGAAUCGUCAAACGCUAGCACAAGUGGCUAUUCAACUAUGUCGCCUGGACAUGCUAGUUUACAAUCAACGCCGCCGUCGCCCUCGCAAUCUCCAGCAUCUUUAUUGCAGACUGAAUUUUCAAAUUUGAACUUGCCCUCGGUGUCGCCUCACAAUCAACCAUGUUAUACCACAUUACAAAAUGCAACUCUGGUGUACAACAACCAAAAUGUCCUUCCCUCGGCUCCAACAAACAACUACAUUCACUAUAAUAUUCCUGGCACAGGUAUGCCUUCAACAAUGGUUUCGUUAACACAACAUCAAUACGGUGGACUGCAUCAACAAUCUUCACAAAUGUUGCCAAACCUUUCUGUGCCAUCUGCAUCCACGAUGCCAACCGGUUUAUCACAUGGAAAAUAUCCUGCGGAGCUGCGAAUACUAGAACAUCCUGUCGAAAAAUUUCGCUUUCGUUACAAGUCUGAAAUGCAUGGAACACAUGGUUCGCUGAAUGGCGCCAAUUCAAAACGCACUCCUAAAACAUUUCCGGAGGUUGAGCUUUGCAAUUUUAAUGGUAAAGCGGUGAUACGUUGCAGUCUUUUUCAAACUAACCUUGAGAGUCCCCAUUCACACCAGCUGGUAGUGCGUAAGGACGAUACGGACAUUUGUGACCCACAUAAUUUGAUUGUUUCACCUGAGCGUGGCUAUGUGGCGCAGUUUCAAAAUAUGGGUAUCAUACACACUGCAAAGAAAUUUAUAUUUGAAGAGUUGUUGAAGAAAAAAAUGGAUCGUUUGAAGUUUGAGUUGGCCCGAAAUGAGUUGACAACGAAGGAAGCUCAGGAGCUACACAAAGAAACGGAAAAGGAGACGAAAGAAAUGAAUCUUAAUCAGUUUUUCGAAGUUUAA